CAGAGAGUUUCUAAGAAAAGCUGCAAGGAGGUUUUAUAGUCUGGGACUUGAUACACAGCUACAAAUUCACAUUCAUCGCUUGGAGGAAAAGAUCUUGGAAAGGAAGAUGCUGCAAUUCUCUAUGGGAGCUCUGCUUCUUCUUCCACUCUGGUUUGGUGGACUGGCCAUCGGAGAGAUCAGCAAAAACUUCUCCCAGUGUCUUGAUUUCUUCUACAACAGAACUCCACCACAGGGUAUCACUGCAGAGGUGUAUCAGCCAAUAUGCCAGCGCUACAAAAACCAGUACCGCUUUGCCAGCCUGUAUCAGCGUCAGCAUCGUGCACCUUUAUACUCUGCGUACAUACUCAGUCCUGCAGAUGGCAAACGACCCGAUGUCAGCGGGAUGUAUGAACCACAGCUGGAGUCUCGCACAGCCGAUCCAAAUAUGAAGCCUUUUCUGAUCCCACAACCCCUCUACCGGAAAGUGAAGGUGAGCCAGGCGGUGUUUGCGGACUACAAAGACUCUGGCUACACCAGAGGCCAUCUCAAUCCCAGCAUGCACCAGAGGACAAUGAAUGACCGUACGGCCACCUUCACCUUGACAAACAUUGUCCCUCAGCGGAAGGGCUCCAACGCAGGCACCUGGAAUUCACUGGAGAGGGAGGUGCUAAGAAGAAAGGCCUUCUGCAGAGGGAAGAUGUACGUGAUCACCGGGACCAUGCCUUAUAGGUCUGGAGCUCACCGGAUCAAUAAGAGGGUGUCUGUUCCUGAGUACAUGUGGUCAGCUUACUGCUGCCCUUCUUACAGAUCUGACCUUCCUGGGUACAUGAAACCAUUUUUCCCCACAUAUGCUGCAGUCGGGAGAAAUGACCCUAACAGUGGAGAGGAAAUUGUGCCAAUGGAUCCCGAUGCGAAUGCUGAGGAGCAGGGCUAUGAUGUGAGGCGGAUGUCCCUGGAGACCCUAGAGGGUAUCCUAAUCACACGGCUAAGAAUGCCUGUCAGUCUGUUUAAGGGGCACUGUAAGAACAAAGAAUGACACUCUUAUAGGUGUGCAGUAGUCAUUAAAUACAGCACAUCCUUUAUUUCUUCAUUACUGAAUGAAUAUUUGACUAAAAGGCUGUCUUGUCUUGUGUCUGUUUAAAGUGUUUGUUAUAU